UUUCGUAGUAUAAGCUUUGAAUGAAACAUCAUACACACAAGAAACGUAAUUUAUUUUUACUGAAAUUUAUUAUCAAAAUUGGCGUUAUGAACGAUCAAAACGAAAGGAAAGAUGCGGCAUCUAAUUCAGAGAUGAGUAAACAUGACCAAAAGAUACCCCCCAAGGAAUUCAAACGACCUUCAGCUGAUGGUGGACCUAGGCCACCACCGAGUCGAUAUAUUCAAACCUCUGAGGACAAUAAGGAUACCACGUUCGAGAAGGUUGCAACCGGAAUUUGCUGGUUCCUUGUGAUCAUAACCUUCCCCUUUUCCAUAUUUUGUUGUCUAACCAUAGUUCCCGAGUACUCUCGAAUGAUUAUCCUACGCCUAGGUCGUCUUAGGAAAGGUCUUCGAGGCCCAGGAUUGGUCUUUAUCCUGCCGUGCAUCGAUGAUACUCACAGAGUAGAUAUGCGAACCGACGUGACCAAUGUUCGCCCGCAGGAUGUGCUUACAAAGGAUUCGGUUACGAUUACCGUAAAUGCCGUUGUGUACUACAGCAUCUAUAGUCCCAUUGACUCCAUUAUCCAAGUGGACGAUGCAAAACAGGCCACCCAGCUCUUAUCCCAGGUCACGCUGCGUAAUAUCGUGGGAUCGAAGACGCUUAAUGUCCUCUUGACCUCCAGGCAGCAACUCUCCAGGGAAAUUCAGCAGGCAGUAGCGGGAAUCACAUAUCGCUGGGGAGUUCGCGUUGAGCGGGUGGAUGUAAUGGAUAUCACAUUACCAACUAGUCUUGAAAGAUCCUUGGCCAGCGAGGCCGAGGCUGUGAGGGAAGCUCGUGCCAAGAUAAUUCUGGCCGAAGGUGAGCUAAAGGCUUCCAAGGCGCUGAAGGAGGCCUCCGAUGUGAUGUCGGAGAACAAGAUUACACUACAGCUGAGGCAUCUGCAGAUCCUUUCAUCGAUCGCCUCGGAGCGAAGAGUAAGGAUAAUUUAUCCUAUUCCUCUGGAGAUGAUGGAACCCUUUAUGUCUGGCAAAGAGGGGCGAAAAAAAGGUGGUGGAGGUGGUGGUGGCAAAGAAACUAAGAAGGAAGAUGUUGCCGGAGGUAGCCAGGAAACCCGAAAGGAAGGUGGUGGUUCUGAUGGUUUCAGUGGCGGAAGUGGUGGAGGACUUUUGUCCAAAUUUAUUUUUUCUGGUAAGGACGAGAAGAACCAAACUACAAGAGCAGGUGACAAAUCAAGUGACCCAAAUGAACCCUGUUCCUCCAAGAGUGUUAUGAAAGGUGCUGGUGAAGCCAUAGCAUUAAAUCAAGAAACCAAAGAAGGCCGAGAAGUUAGAAUAGAUGUGGAAAAUCGGAGACCUACAUAUGUCGCCUACGAAAUGGAGUGUGUUAAACAAAGUCCUGCGAAGUUUCCCGAUGACGUUGACACUGCCGAGACGAAUCAGAAGCGCACUGCUCCACGUCGACCAGGAGGCCUGGCGUUUAUGGACCUGCAAUCUUAUCGGGACUUCCUGCGAACUCGUUGGUAAUCAGCCGGCGGGCUGGCUGGCAGCCUCCUGGUAGCAGGACAAUGGGAAGGCCAAGCGUGAAAUGAGCAACAGUCACGUCAGCCGAUGGGGCCACAAACUUGAUUGAAGGGCAUUAUCCCUGCUCCCCUUUCCACUGGAGCGACAUUGACACUGCCAUUGAAUGGCCUCCAAGCGGUUUUUUUUGGGACACGAUAAAAAAUAGCUGAACACUGGGUAUUUUUCAUUCGCGGUGAGAAUGGAUCUCGGGUGGCAAUUUAUCUCCUUUAAUAAAUUGGGAGUUUUCGAGUCGAUACUUCAAUGGCGUGAU